GCGUUAUGUAAACGCACUUCUAUUUGCAAAUUUAAAAGUAACUCCUGCUCUACACUAAGCCUAACCUAAAUAAACAUUUUAAUAUUGUUUUUCCUUGAUAAUGUGUUUAGAUGCGAUGCUGUUAUGUGCUUGCAUUGAAGAAGUGAUUAUGCUGUUUGUGUAAGCAAACAUUGCCGAGUAUUUUGUUGUUUCAGGUGCCUUUGAAGGGUUUGUUUCUACCACCUGGUACAAUAUUUGACUGCAGCUCUUGAUGGUUGAUGUACUUCGCUGAUUUUGUUUACAAAAUAGUGGUACAGAGAAGCAAAGAAAAAGCUUCUUGAAGAACUUGGAGAGAAUAGACUUCCGUAUGUGACACCAGCCGAUGCUGAUUUCCAUCAACUGGUGGUGCAAAAUAAGACCUCUAGAACUGGGAUAUUCAAGAAUGGAAACUUUGUGAAUUUCAUUUAUUUUUAGGAUGUUGUCCUGAGUAUCAGUACUGAGUACCAGUGGAAGACCAAAUACUCCAAGCUGAUUUUCAGAAGAUCUGAUACAGUACCUGAAGAGCUCCAUCAAAUGGUACAAGAAGGCUUUCUGACCUUGCAAAACCAUGAUUGUUUCUUUCAAGAUCUUGUAAGGAUCAAAGGAAAAGAUUUUGUUACCCCAGUGUCCCGUAUAUUAAUUGGAAACCCAGGAUGCACUUACAAGUACUUGAACACAAGAUUAUUUACAGUUCCUUGGCCUACCGAAGGUUAUGAUAUAAAAUAUUGCAGUCCUCAAAUACAUGAUGCUUGUAAAGCAUUAAUUAGACUUAAUGACUACUUGCAUAUUGAAGCAGUCAAGGCAUUACAAGGACAAAAUUUGUUUGAGACCAAAGAAAUUAAAGACACUACUGUAAUAGAUAGGGAGCAAAAUUUCGCUACUUCUCUUACAGUGAAAGGGUCUGUUUCAAAAGAUCAAAGCAGUUGUUGUGUACCAGAGGAUGACUACAUAAGUCUAAAGAACAGAACAUCUUAUAACUUGACUUUAUUAAAUUAUAUGGAUCCACUACAAAUGCGGUACUUGAAACAAGAACCUUAUUUUGGAAUGGGGAACAUGGCAGUGAGCUGGCACCAUGAUGAGAAUCUGGUCGAAAGGUCAACGGUUGCUGUGUACAGUUAUAGCUGUGAAGGUUCAGCUGUGGAAGGAAACAAUGAAGAAAAACUGAAGGGAAGAGACCCAGCUGUUUGGCACGUAGGCUUGAAGGUAGCAUGGGACAUAGAGACACCUGGAUUAGUAGUGCCACUUCACCAAGGAGACUUCUACUUGAUGCUUGAUGAUCUCAAUAUGACACAUCAGCACUGUGUUCUGGCUGGUUUUUCACCUCGAUUCAGCUCAACUCACAGAGUGGCAGAUUGUUCAAGAGGAACAUUGGAAUACAUAUUUGGACAAUGUGAACUGGCACUCCAGAAUUUACAGACUGAUUCUGAUUCAAUGGCUUUAUCAUUGAAAUCACUGGAAACUUCAGUUGUAAAGCAAGUAGAAGAAAUACAUAAUGAGGUUGAAUUUGAGUGGCUUAGGCAGUUUUGGUUUCAAGGCAAGCGGUAUUUGAAAUGCACUGAUUGGUGGCUUAAGCCUAUGGCUAAAUUGGAAGAAUUCUGGAGAAAAAUGGAGAUUAUGACAAGCCUGGUCCUCUCUGAAGUUAGAAAAGAGGAACAAAUUGAGGAACAAAGGAAGGAAACCAUCAGCUGUGUCUUGCUAGUUCUUACUGAGCGACAAAGGCUACGUAAAGAAUGGACAGCAAGAUGCCAGUCAAAAGCGGCAGAGAGCUUGCCAGAAGACCAGAAACCAGAAUGCCAUCCCUUCUGGACAGAUGAUGAAUGUAAUAUGCCUCUGCCGUAUGAUCUUGAAGAAGUAAUUGCUAAUCUACAAAAUCUUGUUCAGUGGGUAGAAUAAUGAGUGACCUUCCAGCCUAGAAUUAUUGAUGCUCAUCAUUUGGAGAGAAGCCUUUUAAUUUAACAUAAAUCUUUUCAGCUUUAUGAUUCCUUGAUCGUGUGUUAUUUUAUGUGUCAAUGCAGAUUUUACUGGUCUUCACGUAGUACCGUAGUUACUGUCUCAUAAUAAAAAAGACCAGGCCCCAAAUCUACAGAAACAGGUGACUUUUAAGACCUGAAGUCCACAAAAAACAGCCUCAGUUCUUUCCUUCUCCAAUCUAAUUCCUACAGCCCAUGGAUAUCUGUGUUUCCAUGAGUUCCUUUGGCAUCUAAAUUUCAGCUUCCGUGAGUGCCUAGAAUUGGCUCUGGCUUGGCAGGUUUGAGCAACGUAAAGUGUAGGUAAUGCCUGCGACAAAGCAGAAUCCAUCAUCUGGGCAUCCUAAUGACGGGACAGUUUGGGGUGAGCCUGCUUGAUAUCUUCAGAUUAGGGCUGUGACUUCUUUAUCCACUGACCGAGACGGAGGUGCAGAAGAUGGUGGAGAAAGUCCUUUAUGCAAUGGCUUCUUGUUAGAGCAUUUUUUCCCAUGAGGAACUCUGGGGGAGCGUCCUGACAUAGAUCCCAAAACUUUCUUGCUGUUUUUCAUCAUGGUAAUUGAGUAGUACUGGGAGAGAUUGCUGAUGUGAAUCUGUACCUUCUGGGCUCCCUGGAACUCAGAAUUCAGUUCCUAACCAUUGCUUUGUUUCCCCAUGUUGUGAAUCCUCUUCUGAGGCCAGGCUUCCCAGUGAAUUGUCUGAAGAGCUGAUGGAGCUGACCCUACGUAAGGGUUCCCAUUUGGGGUGUCAGGUGCUCAACAGAUGAGAUUGAGAUCAUGUGAUACUGGCCCUUGCAGCAUCUGUGUUGAUCUAGUGAGAUCUCUGACAACAAAACCAGAACACAAUGAGAAAUGAAGCUGCUUGUGAUCUGUUUUGUAGUAACAUGCUAUAAAAAGAACAAUUCGGUGCUGCACAUACAGGGCAGUCCUGAAUGAGAGAGAUUAUUCAUUUGGUUAAGUUGCUAUUUUAACUUGAGCUGCCGUACGCCUUUUCCUUUGCCAUGAAAAGCAGACGAAAAUCAUAUUAUGGUGAAACAGCACUCAGUCUGUGUUACCACUACAAAAGAAACCAGUAAGGCUCAGCGCUUGACGUUGCCACCAAGAAAUGAAUACGCCUCCUGUGUUAAUCUUCUGUUUAAAUUCACUGUUGAGGCCAGGCUUACCCAGAGCAUACCAGUGCGCUGUAUUGGCAAAGUGCUCUGUGUGCGGAUGAGGCUUCUACUGCUGAAAAUUGUACUUUUGACAGUAUAACAUAUGCCAGACCUCCCUGGAGCUAAAGAAGCUGUGCCAGCAAAAAUUCAGUUUUAGUGGUAUAAAAUUGUGUCCACACCUACCAGCUUUUGCCAGGACAAUUAUAUCAAGUAGAGAUUGUACCUUGGGACACCUUUGAUGUAGCUAUACCAGCACAACUAUAAAGACCUGCAUCAAGCAUUUUCGUUGUAGUCCUGGACUUCUGCAGAAACUGUUAGCCACCCAGUAGAAUGUAAAGCCUCUCUGAAGAAUUAAUUAUUAUUUAAAGUAGGUUUGAUUAUAUUAUAAUUUCAAUCCAUACAUUUAUUUAUUGUCUCCCGUGCCACAGAUUUCUUAAUGUUUUGAAAUACUGUGUUAUGAGCAUAGCUUUUUCUUCCCUGCACUAGCUAAAGCUGGCUUUACUAGUGGGCAAAUAGCAUAUAUUUGGAUUAAUGCCACACUAAAUACUGUUUACUUUGGAGAUCACUUAGAGAAAAGCUAGCUGAAGAUGUGGGAAUUCUGCUUUUGAAAAGGCAGUUCUCACAGACACAGAUAUUACUUUGGAAAUGAGCAAGAUGAAUUCAAACACGCUAAUGAUGUAACACUGUUAACACAGCGUUUGAGGGGAUUGUUUGUUUGUUUAUGCUGUUACUUUAUGAUUAUUUUGUGUUUAAUUAAGCGCUGCUAGAAACCAUGGGGAUCACAGUAUUGAAAUGAAUCUGACAGCCAUAAAGGGUAGAGAAGGCACAUCAGUGUUGUAGUUUGUAGCUGAAGUGGAGGCAUAGCUAUUAAAAAAUGAUUGGCAAAUAAUUAUUUCCAGCAGAAGUGAAAAAAAAAAAAAAACCACUUGGGGUUUUUUUUUCUUGUAU